GUGUUUUUCAACGUUAUUAUACAUGGCGGAUACUAUAUCGAAGAUGUCAAUUAAUCACAAUAAUGUAAUAAACGUUACACACAUGGACAAAGAUUGUGAUAUCGAGCGUGGCGAGACCCGGUUUGUAGGAAUAUCCCCGGUGUCGGCGUCGACGUCCACGUCGGUCUCGGCGUUGGCAUCGGCGCCGACACCGCUACAUGAGAGCAGCGCCAAUAAAUGUGAUAUCUCGAGGGCAACGUCCGGAGUGGGACACAUAGGUACGAACGUACCAUCAGGUACGCAUCAGGACGUCCAGACAACACGUACCAGCGUGAGCGCGGCGUUGAGAUCAGAGAGGGAUCUCAAUGCGAGUACAAGUCGUUGGAAAAAGGUCGGCCGGUUUCUGCAACGUCUCACUCUCAUUAUGUUGCUGCUGGUAGUCGCAGUUGUAGCACUGGCCGCAAUAGUCAUCUACAUGGGUCCGAUCUAUCUCGUGCAAUUGCUCAUAGUGAUUUCCGUUGCCUACUUUGUCGCCGGUGGUCGCAUGAGAUGGUUCUACGUUGCCCUGAAGACAAUAUCACGGGAUUGCAAAGGACUUAUAGGAUAUAUUAGAAUGUUGUGGUCAGCACACGGUCACGGAAGAAAAAACAGAAAUGUCGCCGAUAUAUUUAGACAACAUGUUAAUCGUUAUCCUAAUAAAAUCUGCUUUAUAUUUGAAGAUAAAGAAUGGACUUUUCAACAGAUAGAAGAUUUUAGUAACAAAAUUGCGACGAUAUUUAAAACACAUGGUUAUAAAAAAGGAGAUGCAAUUGCUUUAUUGUUGGAGAAUCGACCGGAAUUUAUUGCGAUUUGGUUAGGUUUAAAUAAACUCGGUGUGGUAACUUCUUUGAUUAAUAACAAUUUGCGUAAGAGCAGUCUCUUGCAUUGCAUCAAUAUUGCAAAGUGUCAAGCACUUAUAUAUGGCACCGAGUUUUUUGACGCUGUAACAGACAUCGCCUCGUCAUUAGAUGCUAAGUUAACGUUGUACAGAUUCGGAAAUCACCCGAAUACAAUGUCAGUUGGAUUAAAAGAGAAAGAUUUGAAUACCUUAUUGUUGGACACACCGGCUGCACCACUAGGAGUACAAGAAAAAAGUGGUUAUCACGAUAAACUUUUGUACAUUUACACUAGUGGUACUACAGGUCUUCCUAAGGCAGCUGUUAUUACAAACUCAAGAUAUAUCUUUAUUACGAGUUCAGUACGUUAUAUGGGAACUUUGCGUGAUUCUGAUAGAAUAUAUACAUCUUUGCCUUUAUAUCAUACAGCGGGUGGAAUAAUGGCUGUGGGACUAGCCUUAAUAUACGGACAUACGACAGUGAUUAGGAAGAAAUUUAGUGCUAGCGCAUAUUUUGCUGACUGUAUUAAAUACAAAUGCACUGUUGGUCAAUAUAUAGGGGAAAUGUGUCGAUAUAUUCUGGCAGUUCCAUCUAAAAAAGAGGACCAGGAACAUAAUAUUAGAUUAAUUUUCGGCAACGGAUUAAGACCGCAGAUAUGGGACGAAUUUGUAAAACGAUUCAAAAUUCCACAAGUGCUCGAAUUUUACGGUGCAACUGAAGGCAAUGCUAAUGUCAUGAACAUCGACAACAAAAUGGGAGCAAUAGGUUUUUUUUCAAGAAUUAUUCCAUCGGUAUAUCCCGUAUCUCUGAUUAAAGUAGAUGAGGAUGGAGAACCUAUACGCAACUCUAAAGGAUUGUGUCAAGUCUGUAAACCAAAUGAACCUGGUGCGUUUAUUGGAAAGAUCUCGCCAAAUAAUCCAACCAGGGCAUUUUUAGGAUACGUGGACAAAAAAGCAUCUGAGAAAAAAGUGAUUCAUAAUGUUUUUACAAAAGGCGAUUCUGCCUUUUUAUCAGGAGACAUUCUUGUUGCUGAUGAAUGUGGCUAUUUAUACUUCAAGGACAGAACAGGAGAUACAUUUAGAUGGAAAGGAGAAAAUGUAUCGACUUCCGAAAUUGAAGCCAUCAUUAGUAAUUUUAUUAAUUAUCGAGAUUGCAUAGUAUACGGUGUAGAGAUUAAAGGUACUGAAGUCGACAUUAAAGAACAAUUACCUGCUUACGCUAGGCCGCAAUUUGUCAGAAUUUUGACGAAAAUUGAUCUCACAGGAACAUUCAAACUGAAAAAGAAAGAUCUCCAGGAGGAAGGAUAUAAUCCGUACAAAGUUCAAGACAAACUAUAUUAUUUAAAUGCAAAGCUCGGUUAUCAGUUACUAACAUCAGAAGUUUACGAUCAAAUUCAACAAGGAAAAAUCAAGUUUUAAUUGAUAUUUUUUGAACAAAUACAAACUACAUAUGACAAUGAUAUAUUUACAAUAAAUAUAUUUUACAAGGCA